AGAAAUCUGGAGGCUUAUGAAAAGGGUUCUACUUAAAUUGAGGACGUCGCAACGAACUAUGGAAAGAAGAAUGAUGGGUGUAACGUUAAGGGAUAAGAAAAGAGCAGAUUGGGUGAGGGAACAAACGCGAGUUAAUGACAUCUUAGUUGAAAUCAAGAAAAAGAAAUGGGCAGGACAUGUAAUGAGGAGGGAAGAUAACCGAUGGUCAUUAAGGGUUACGGAGUUGAUUCCAAGCAAAGGGAAGUGUAGCAGGGGGCAGCAGAAAGUUAGGUGGGCGGAUGAGAUUAAGAAGUUUGCAGGGACGACAUGGCCACAAUUAGUACAUGACCGGGGUUGUUGGAAGAGUAUGGGAGAGGCCUUUGCCCUGCAGUGGGCGUAACCAAGCUGAUGAUGAUGAUGGUACUAUGAGCACAAUGUCCUCUUUUUGACAAAAGCUGCUAAAACGUUCAAAAUUUCAUAUCUUCGAAGAAAUUAAAGUUCAUGAAUGCAAUCUGCAAAAUGUGCCUCCAAAAAACACUCCUGCAUGUUAUGACUCGUUAUGAACUCCCAUAAAACCAUAACUAAUCCACUUGCGCAGCUUGGAUGUGACCUUCCAAACUGUAUGAAUGAGAAGAAAGUGGGUUAACUGAGGGGCCUGGUCCUUAUUAAUCGUAUCAUGAGAAGCCAACAAACAGAGACACCAAGGAAAACAUAGGGUAAAUUACCUGUACCUAUUAAUUGAAAUAAAGAAAUUAUAAAUUAAUGGCAAUGAAAGUGGAUGAAAAAACAACUUGCCACAGGUGCGGAAUGAUCCCACAUCUUUGCUUUAUGCAUGCGAUUCUCUAACCAAUUGAGCUACUGUGGCAUGGUUUCCCCAUCCGCUUUCUUGCGUAUUUAUGUGUUACUACGAGAACUAACCUUGGGAGUGUUAGCCAGCGUCACCACUCUCAAGCCUUGUUGGCGGAUGUUCCAAACUUUUUGCAACACUAACCCUGUUUGCUUUACUAUUCUACAUGUGUUGUGACAUAAACUUUCCGUUUGUGAUUGGGGAUCUAACGUGAGUAGAAAAUUCUAACAACCUAACAAUAUUUUGUGUUAUUCCUUACGCUUCUUAAGCAUUGAUAUUGCAACUAAGCUAAAUACAGCACGAAUCAAAAGAACAAAACAAUUUGCAACAUGUCUGUCUGAUUUCAUAUUUCAGACGAGCUCGAGAGGGUCGUGCAUUUCGCGGCUUUUGCAAAGCGCUGUCUUGGAAGAAGGCAAAAGCCUCUAAUUUGCCUGACGCACCUCGUAGCUACAACUUUAGGACAGCAGCCUCCAAGUACUUAGAGAAGAUUGCAUUUACAGACCCACACACGCACUGGUCCCUUAGGGGCUAGGCAUUUGCCUUUCUUUGCCCCGUGAGUGACUGGCCCUUGUAGCAGCCUACAGGACGCUUGCCUUUCUCCCUCUGCUUACAAAGAGACGGCUGCAGUGCGGUUAGGUGACUGUUACUACGUCUGAAUCUUCAUGAAGCUCUCCUUCUUGCGAUGUGCAUCAUGCCGAUCUCCGCAAAUGCCUAAGCUUGGGAUUUAUCGUCCAUCGCCUUUUUCACAGUCUCGGGCUGGAUCCUGACCGUCAUGCAUUUGUGUCUGUUGCCUUGUCGCUUCACAUGUUUGGUUCCAUACUCCUUACCCCGUCUGCCUUUCUCAUCUUGGGCCUAUCCCUUUGCUUCACCAUCUGCUCUGACGUAUGCAAACAGCCAUAGGCAACUUUUCCUGGCAGGCUGGCCGAACUUGCCGCCUACGUAUGCACUUGGCCUAAUGGGCCCUCCGUUUCUUGCGGGGAAAAACCGCCGCUGUCUACUGCCUUCCCUUCGCUUCCGGCUACCAGCAAGUUUGACUCAUCACUGCGCUCAACUAUCUCAGGAAUCAUUCCAUGGUCCUCUGACUGUUGCUCAAUAGGGAAUACGCCUAUCAGUCUCCGAGUUUCCUUCCAUGUUUUUGCCGUAAAAGACCCCAUAUUGGAGAAGGGUUCUCCUCGUUCUGUCAGCGUUUGCUCCGACCUAUUUGAUUAUCAAUAGGUUACUUGCUCUGGUAGGCUGGCCAAUAUUGCUGCCUCCAUACACACCUGGCUGUUCAGUGAAAGCUGUCCCAUAUAUGGCUGCAGGUUCUUGUCGGAGUCCUGAGCUAUGACAAAUACCACCCGCUUCUCACAGCUCCUGGCUAUGUAGUCUUUUCCUCUGCAGUUGUAAUACACAACUCUCUUCCGCGCCUCCAACGUGUGUACACCAUCAGCGGGACAUCUUCGUUUCUUCUGCUACUUUAGGGCCAACCGAAAUGCUCAUCUGCUCAUGACUUUCAAGGAGUUCUUGGAUUUGCAACUUCUCCAUGCUCACAAAGCACCCUGUGUUUCUUCCCCACUAGCAAUUAGCCCACGAGACACUAUAUUCUUGGUGUAUGUAAUAAAAUAACUAACAACACCAAACACUAUUACGGAUUGCCUGCGCUAUGAGUCUGGCGAAAAGAGAAGCAAACAUGUAGCACUCACCACGCCGAUGUAGUCGAUGCCGAUCGAUCUCAUAAGCUGCCUGCCUGUAUUGUAAGGUCGGUUCCAUUGUGGUGCCGUGCCAGGUGCCGAGAGAAAGAUGGGUUCCGAGCGACAGUUACGAGAACAAGAAAAGCUUUUAUAUUCAGAAGUACAUGGUUGAGUUUUAUACACAGGGCUCUUAACUUUCAGACCACACUACGUGCUAGAGUGUGUAUGUCCGAGCUUCUUCCUUCUUGCAUCCGUCCCAGUCCACCUUUUAUGCUGUUUAUUUCCCUCUUUCCCUCGUCAAGGGAUUUCACAGGACAAUCACAAACGCCUUACCAUUCACCACCUCCUGCUCCCAACAUUGCACAAUACGAGGCGGCUUCCACAUGGCAAACUGAACCGGCCAUUGAUGCCUUUCCCGGUAGUUCUCGACAAUGACCCUCUCAUCAAUCAGUGACCUCUGCGUGAUGGUCAGGAGAGGGUGACAUUGUUAUCUUGAAGCGAGCUGUCAUUUCUGGGUGCUCGAAAGCCAAAGAUCUGGAACAUGACUACCUGUCCAUAAGACUCAUGAUGCUGAUUGAGCUUCCUUCAGUGAACAAUGAGGUGGGAUCAGCACCUGUGAUUGCCGCAUGUCUGCAGGUGAAGCAUCCUUUUGUUCUGACUGAUCGUCAGGCACAACAGCAACAAGUUGGUGACCGUAAGGGUUGCCGAACAAAUUCUGCAGCUUUUGUUUAAGUGUAUCUCAACUGGUGAGCUCGUCUGCGUGUGUCCUAAGCCAUACUUGAGCUGUGCAAUCCACCGAGGUAAAAUACUAUGUUGGCAAGCAUGACAGUUGAGUCGCACCGGUUAUUGGUGCUGACGCGUUGGUACAGGCUGAUGCAGUCAUCGACGUCUUCCCCAUCUUUCUCCAAGAAUACGCCAAGAUCACGUGGAGUGGAGAGUGCGAUGUGCCUCGUUGGAGUAGCAGCAGGUGUCAGAGCCGGUUGAGUCGAGCUGUCAUCUCCGGGAGCCGUGACGGAAGGCUCGAUGUACCAUCCACUGCGAGCCCCAUGACGAGGACAGGGCAUGUCUACCUCCACCAAAUAUGUUACAUGGGAAGUCGCAGGCCUCUCAAAUGCGAUGAGCCUAGCUGAAAGCAUCACUGCCAAAAUGGCAUGCGAUGCCCCUUCAAAGAUCGGUGGUCAGUUCGAGGUUGGCAUGCAGUGCAGCUUGUCUCUCGCUGACAAGUCUGUUGGGUGCUCGUUCAAACCAGUGAGUGAGUCUAGGAGCGUGCAGACUAUGGAGGCUGUGGAGCAGUUAAGCUCCACCUCAGCAUUGGGGCCUUCAAUUUCUCCGUCAACUACCAAAUUUGACAACUCAAAGCAAGGAUGCCUCCACAGAUGUCAGCUAUGUGACUAUGUGGCUGAUGAACUAUUUCUUCUGGAAGCACAUGCCAGCAUCCAUACUGGCGAGAAGCCAUUUCAUUGCCCUUCAUGCUCUCGGAGCUUCUCACAGAAGUGUUAUCUGAAUCUCCAUAUUCGGACUCACACAGGCGAGAAGCCAUUUGACUGCCCUUCAUGCUCUCGGAGCUUCUCACAAAAGCCCCACCUGAAAGCCCACCUGCGCACCCACACAGGCGAGAAGCCAUUUGACUGCCCUUCAUGCUCUCGGAGCUUCUCAGAAAAGCGCCACCUGAAAACCCACCUGCGCACCCACACAGGCGAGAAGCCAUUUGACUGCCCUUCAUGCACUCGGAGCUUCUCACGGAAGAGCAGCCUGAAAGCCCACCUGGCCACCCACACAGGCGAGAAGCCAUAUCAGUGCCCUUCAUGCUCUCAGAGCUUCUCAAUGAAGGGUUACCUGAAAGCCCACCUGCGCACCCACACAGGCGAGAAGCCAUUUGACUGCACUUCAUGCUCUCGGAGCUUCUCAGAAAAGCGCCACCUGAAAACCCACCUGCGCACCCACACAGGCGAGAAGCCAUUUGACUGCCCUUCAUGCUCUCGGAGCUUCUCAGAAAAGGGCAGCCUGAAAGCCCACCUGCGCACCCACACAGGCGAGAAGCCAUAUCAGUGCCCUUCAUGCUCUCGGGGCUUCUCACGAAAAAAAGACGUGAAAAUCCACCUGCGGACUCACACAGGCGAGAAGCCAUUUGACUGCCCUUCAUGCUCUCGGAGCUUCUCACGAAAGCCUCACCUGAAAGACCACCUGCGCACCCACACAGGCGAGAAGCCAUUUGGCUGCCCUUCAUGCACUCGGAGCUUCUCACAAAAGCCCAAGCUGAAAGCCCACAUGCGCACCCACACAGGCGAGAAGCCAUUUGACUGCCCUUCAUGCUCUCAGAGCUUCUCACAAAAGCCCCACCUGAAAGACCACCUGCGCAUCCACACAGGCGAGAAGCCAUUUCGCUGCCCUUCAUGCACUCGGAGCUUCUCACAAAAGCCCAAGCUGAAAGCCCACAUGCGCACCCACACAGGCGAGAAGCCAUUUGAUUGCCCUUCAUGCUCUAAGAGCUUCUCACGAAAUGACACCCUGAAAGCCCACCUGCGCACCCACACAGGCGAGAAGCCAUUUGAUUGCCCUUCAUGCUCUCAGAGCUUCUCACGAAAUGACAGCCUGAAAGCCCACCUGCGCACCCACACAGGCGAGAAGCCAUAUCAGUGCCCUUCAUGCUCUCGGAGAUUUUCACGAAAGAGCAACCUUAGGAAACACAUGAGGCGAGAAGCCACUUCAUUGCCCACUCUGCCUUCAGUGAUUCUCGUUGAAGAAUGCCCUGAAGAUACACCGGUGCAUUCAUACAAGUGACCGGCCAUAUAGUUGCAUUGCCUGCUUCAGGUCCUCAUCACUUGAACACACUUGGAGAGCACAGCACAAUGAUUCAAUUCAAUUCACUUUAUUUUCAACACCACAAUGUUGAGGACCGCGAACAAAAAGCCUUUUAUGGCUUGACAAGGUCCGCAGCCCUUUUUAACAAGCAGUGACAGAGCAUAGCGUUAGGUAUUACAUAUUAAGCUAGAAUUGCCUAAGUCCCAAUAACACGGGUGUCAGACAUAACGCAUAUAUAUAAUAUAUACAUACAUAUAUGUGUAAAAUGAAUUCAAGUGAAACAGAAUGUAUACUCACGUACAAUUAAAACCGAAAGAAUUAACGCUAAUUACUAAUGCACAUUAGACAUAUAUGAAAACAAAUGUGUCACACAAAACAUACUGCAAUGCACAAUUCGGCAAAUAAACUGUUACAAAAACAAUUUGUUCCAUUUUUCCAUAAUGUAGGGUAGUUUAACAAUCUCGUUGAACUAGAGUCUGAAUUAAAAAUCUACAUUCGUGUAGCAUGUUACGUAGUGUUCUACUGCAUCAGGUAGGACAAGUGUCUCCACAUGCCCCGGAGAGCAAGCUUUAACUCGGGCCCAACUUCGAUGCCGCCUAUUCAAAUACAUGUAAAACGCAGAAAUGCUUUUCUGAAAUAACCAGUGGGCUGAUUGUAACAAAAUUUGUUACAUUUGAGAGAAAAAGCUAAAUUCUGGUGACUGCUGGAAGCAUCAUUUAGUUUGAAGGCCUGAAUGUUAUCACAGGAAUUUUCAAAGAUUUUUCGUCUUUAAAAUAAUUGAAGCAAAAACUUUAUAAAUUUUUAACUCUGCACCUGGAAUAGAUAUCGUAGCUCUGUAAACUGCAUACGCUAGAUUUUCCAAAGCAGACAAAUUUGAUGUAUCAAUGUAUAUCUUGUCAACUUGUUACACUGUUUACAGGGACUUUGCAGAUGUCCUACUCAUUUAUUAGUGGCUCAUUUUAACGCUUUCUUUCAUACCUAAAUAUUGUCCGCUUUAGGUGUCCUAUUUGGAGCAUUUUACAGAAUCGCAGUAUUUUUCAUUGCUGAGUUACCAGAGUUGUAAAUUUGAUAGUGUCGUUCUUUGAAAAUUCGUGAUUUUCAACAAUAGCUAUUAAAAGAUUGAUGGCCUAAAUCAAAAAUUCGCUACCAACACUCACUACAUUCUAUUUAUUUUAUAUGCAACAAACCUCAUCUGGUUUCGUGGAGUAGUUGUCAAGAAAAAUGAUCUCCUUUCCCAUGUAUGUAGAUGGGAGCCCCCAAGCUGAAGCUUGCUCUUGAAGGGUCUGUGAAACACUUUUCGGGGGUUACCAUAUUUUCUCUAGAUCUUUUCUCUACACGUUAUGGAACACAGAGCAAAAUGAUUUACGAGAACUAACCCACAUAAAGCCGUUGUAGCUGAGAAAAAAGUCAAAAUACAGUUAAACUUUAAUUAAAAGAAGUCUGCAAAAACAGCUAUUUGCUUUGUUAUAUUGUGGCUUUUCAUUAUUUGAAAAGUAAUUGAUGUUCAUUCGUGUCUUCAAAAUUACUGUUUGCAUGCCCCUACAAACUAUGUACGUUCACUGUAAUAAUUGUUACACUACAGAUGUGUGAAUGAUGUGUUCUUAAGGCUCCUAUUUUUUUUUUUUUUCAGUAUUCUCUUUGGUACAUAUGAACUUGUUCUCUUAGACCAAUUCAUGUAUUUGUUGGCUCUUGGUUCUGGUCUACAUUGUUCAUCGUGGAUUCUUUCGAUCUUAUUCUAUUCGUGCCUUUCUUAUUUUACAAAUGGGUACUUUUUUAGAGGAAUUGAUUGUUCAGUAAGUUAGCUUUCCAAUGUCUGUUUCAUCAGAGCAUCAAAUAAAUGCCAUUGUUUGGUGAGUA